AUUCGAGAGCUGCCAAGAGUACGCACGCGUCUGUUACGUAGUGUGUUAAUAGUGCAGUGAAUUACGGUGUGGAGAUUAACGACCCAAGUGAUGUGAAAAAGUGUUGUUUUCUCGAAAUAGUGCAUUGUGAUUUGAUUGAUGUGACCAUGAGAAAGUUUGCAAUUGUGUGAAUUGUCAACAUGUGUGCAGCACAGUUUUGUGCAAAAUUAUUUUUUGCCACGUAGCGAUGCGGACGGGUAAUGAUUCCUAAUGUGGAGCUUGAAGCAAGAUGGUUAGAGAGACUCGGCAUCUGUGGGUUGGAAACUUACCCGAUAACAUUCGUGAAGAUCGAAUAAGGGAGCACUUCAAACGUUAUGGCCGAGUCCAGAAUGUCAAAUUGUUGGGUCGAACAGAAAGCGUACCCACAGGCGCAAGCGUCAGUGGAAACAGUGGAGUUUGUGCCACUGUUGCGUUCAUGGAUAUCAAGUCUGCAUCAAAAGCUCACAAUAUUGAGCAUGUGCUUGACGAACGCACACUUACCACGGAGUACUACGAACCUGCUGCAAUCCCGUCGUCUGCGGGUGCGCCUUCGGCUGGUUCCUCGCCAGCCGGUUCCGGUUAUUCAGGCUCUUCGUCCUCCGUGAAUUCCAUCCCUGUUCCAGCUUCUGUAUCACGUUACCAUAUUACAGGCGUUGAGGAAAGUCCAGCUACAACAACAUGUCCACUUGCUGCAUCGGUGGCUGCUCCAGCCACAUGGCGGGGUACUAAUGAUAGUGCAACUGAAUUCUGUCGACGCGGCAGUACGCCAGCUGCAUAUGGAAGGUAUCAGCGGAACAAUUCGACAGCUCCGUAUUCAACACCGCCUUCUACAGUUGAAAGAACUACUUCUCAUCACCGAUGGUAUGGUAGCGGCGAAAAAGUCGCAGGUGCAACGGGUGGCGAAAGCACGCCGAGCACACCGGGGGCUGGGACUGAAAGCGGACGAAGGCGACGACGUUCCGGAUCCGGUUCAUCAAACAGUGAUAGCAGCUCACCUGACGCUAGCGAUACUUCACGUGCAUCUACACCCGCUACGCAGCCUAAUUCAACACACCAUACCAACCAUCGCGCCUCGCAACAACACCAGUGGGCGGCAACAGCUAACGGACGACCUUUAGCUAUUUGUGUGAGGAACCUACCAACGCGUUCAACUGACAGCUCUUUAAAAGAUGGUCUCUACCAUGAAUACAAGAAACACGGGAAAGUAGUGUGGGUCAAAGUAGUCGGUCAAAAUGCUGAUCGAUAUGCGGUUGUACGUUUUAAAAAACCGUCCGACGUGGAAAAGGCGCUAGAGGUGUCACAGGAUAAAUUAUUCUUUGGUUGCAAAAUAUCCGUGGCCCCACAUCAGAGUUGCGAAGAAGAUGCUGAGUCCGCUAAACCCUAUGAGACUGAUAUUGAUGAGUACCAUCCGAAGGCUACUAGAACGUUAUUCAUUGGUAACUUAGAAAAGGACGUUACCCAACAAUUGUUGAGAGAGAAGUUUAAGCACUUCGGUCGGAUCAUUGAAAUAGAUAUAAAAAAAGGAAGCGGUGGCGGUGCCGGCUACGCUUUCUGCCAAUACGCUUCCAUAUCUAGCGUCGUAGAAGCAAUUCGAGCCAUGGAUGGCGAGUACGUCGGAGGAUCCCGAGUGAAACUGGGGUUUGGAAAACCUGUAGCUACGACCUGUGUGUGGGUAGAUGGAUUAACUGAACACACUGAGAAGCAGGUGCUAGGGGCGGUGUCUCGGUGCGGCGCGGCGACGUCAGUGUGUGUGGACCGGGCGGCGGGCGCGGCGCUCGUGCACUUCGAGCAGGCGGCGGCGGCGGGCGCGGCCGUGCGGGAACUGCGUCGCGUCGCCGCCACCAUCUCCGCUGCCGAGCCCGAACAGCCGAGGCUUUGCGUUGAUUACGCUUCGCGAGAGUGUCAGGAAGCUUUCUACGAGCAACUGGAAAAACAUGGAGGAACAGCGGCAUUGGCGGGUUCUGAAAGAUUGGCCGGCGAGAUUGGGACACGAUAUUUGCCAACCGCUCGACAUGAACCUACUAGAUACGACAGUUGUGGAUCAAGGUCGAGAGCAUCGAGUUACGGCCGUAGCUCAUCUAGAACACCUAGAUAUUCUGUUCUGGACCACUACGACCCCACCGACUACGCGGCAGAUCGACGUUACAGAGUUCACGACGACAUAACUUCCAGUCCGCAAAAUGAAGAUGUACCUUAUGAAGAACGACUACAGUCAGUCGUCGUAUCACCGCAUCGCGCCAGGAAGCACCGCCGAGACUCAAGCCCGGAAGAAAGGAAACAUUCAAAGGAACGACACCGAAGUCGUCGAUCCCGCUCAGGAUCUCGAUCUGUGGGUACGAGCACGUGGUCGGGUCGGCGUCGACACAGGCGGAAACAUGAGGGAUCCGGGUCGCGCGCCGGGACUCCGCUGCGCGACGAGCCCGAGGCGCUGCCGUGCGAGCCCCGACGCGGCCCCCGCGAGCGUCCCCCGUUGCCGAUGAGCUUGCCGUUGCCCAAGUUCGCGGAGCAGCUCCUGCGCACGUGCCCACCAACGCCGCGCCCGCAGUCUGCCCCAGCUCCCGACUCGCCGCCGCGCCCGCCGUCCGCCUCUUCCUCGAGUGGCCCCUCCGCGCCGCACUCGCCUUCGCUGGAAGAACGCAUUCGUAGCCUCGAUGAGAAAUACGAGAAAUGGAGCGGCUCCAGGGCCCUAGCUGACGCUCCUGAUCGUGCUCGAUUUCGUCAUCGUCUCCUCGAAGUCGAUAUCAAUGAAGUGAAGCCUUCAGAAGUAGUUCGUUCUUUACUGGCGAAACGGUCUGUUUUCGAUGAAGACACUGAACGCUUAGAGAGUGUAGUGCGUGCUCCUAGUCCUAUGGAAAGUCCGCGUGCGCGCCCUCAAUGUGUCACCCCGCGAACUCUUCGUUAUCCUUUUCCGACUCAUGGUUUACAUUCGACUAAUCCGCCUCAUCUUUCUGUAACUUCUCACAUUCCUCUGCCAUCUCUUCCUUCCCCAACGGAAGUUGAAAUAGACGGUGAGCGUCCGAUUGAUCCUCGUCUCGCUCGGUCAUCUGACAGACUCGUCCGCCCGGAACGAUUGAAUAAAAUAAACGAAAAUGAAUACAAAAUGGAUAUGCGUCAUCGACCGAUGACACCUCCCAUUGAUAAAUUGCCUCUGGAUUUAAUUGAACAUAUUCCACCUGAAGAAACAUCCAUGUGUUUGGAUAAAAGAUUAUCUUUUAGCACACCUGGGCGCAGUGAUGACAAUAAAAGCUCAGAAUUAUUCAUUGCAGAUAAAGCUAUUUCUGGAAUCGGUUUAGAGUGCAAAACGAGAUUAGAUUAUUUUGACCACGAUAAAACUGCCAAGAGAAAAGAUUCCAUUGAAAAAGAAUCAUUUUCUUUGUGUGCGAAUGUAGAUAUUUCUGAUAUAAAAUUGCCUGAUGAUCCUCCGCCAUCAACAUUUUCAGAAGACAAUACAGCCAGAGAUGUAAUGGAUAUGAUACUUAAACAGAUAGAACAACAUCAAGAAUCACAGAUACUAAAAUUUUUGGAAACUAGUUCAGAAAAAUUAUUUAAAUCUAAUUAUCAAAGAGCUGAAGAUCGAUCCAUAGUAAAAUUCAACAGUAAAGAUAAUAAUAUCACUUGUCAAUCCACAAAUGAUAGUGAAAAGAAUACCGAAAUAUUGAUUCCUAACCACACAAGCAAAGAGAUCACUGAUGAGUUACAAAAAAAAUUAAGCCAAUGUGAUGGUUUUAGUAAAAUACUCUUUGAUAGAACAAGUAAAGAGAAAAAUGUUCUUCAAGAAAAAUCAAUAGAAAAAGAGAAGUGUAUUUCUAAUUCAAAACCGCAAACAUAUUGUGAAAAGAAAGUUGCUUAUGAAAAAAGUUUUGAUGAUCGUGGAAAAAGUGAACGAGACAAAACAAAAACCCCUAGAGAGCGUUUAGAAAAAGAUAAGUCUGAGCAUGAGAAGUCCAAAAAUCAUAGACAGGAAAAACAUGAUAAAGAUAAAAAGUCCAAAGAUGGACUCCUAGAUAAAACGAGUUCCGAUAAAUUAGAAAGAAAAGUUGAGAAAGAUCAUGAAAAACAGAAAGAAAAAAAAGAAGACGCCACAGCAGAAAAACACUUAAAGCCGUCUGAAGAAAAAUCUAAGCAUGAUCACCAGAAGCGAGAGAAAUCCGAAAAAGAAAGAAGAAAGGAUUCAACGGACGAAUGUUUAUUUAAAAUCAAACGGGAUGAUAGACACAGACAUGAUAAAUCUAAAAAAGAUGAUUCGAAACGUGAUUUCAAGAAGGAUUCUGAAAGCAAAAGCCGGAAGUCUUCACGAGAUGAAACAACUCGAGAAAUCAGUCGAAAAGAUUCUACUGAUUCUUCAACUUCUAGAGCGUCGCAUGAGUCAUCUAAACACAAGGAUGCAGAAAUCAACGAUAUAAAGGAAGAGUCCAAAUCAAAGUCAAAAAAUAACGAUCAUAACACUACCAAACAUGACCAAGACAAAGAUUCAUCACUCAAACCAUGUGAAAAUAAACAUGAUGUUCCUGUCAAAGUGAAAACUGAAGAAAAGGAUCAUCACAGGCAUUCUUCUGACCAUCAAAGCAAAACUAAAUCAGAUCAUAGUGUUGAUAUUCCAAAAUGCAAGACUGAAUAUAAUGAUAAACAGAGACAUUAUUCAGUGGACUCACCAAGUCUUGACACGAAAAAAAAGGAACGUCUGAAUUCGUGUUCUAGUUUGCCGUCUAAUAUUGGAAACAAAAGAAGAAUGUCAUCACAAGAUAGUUUGGAUUCUUUACAUGACGAUAUAAAGAAAAUAAGAAACGACUUGAAACAUCCCGAACGAAGAGAUUCAAAAGACACAAAAGGCGAUAAACACAAAACGACCAAAUUUAGUAAGGGUCAUUAUGCUAAAAUUAUCGAGGGUAAAACAAAAGAUGAAAAAAGAAAUCAAGUUAAGCUUAUUGAUGACUACGGUAGCGAUCAUAAAGAAAAUGAGACUAAAAGUAAUAAAAGCGAUCGUUUGAAACCAUACAAGAAAAGCCCAAAGGAUGAAAAUGAUAAAUGUUCAGACAAUCAUAAACCAGAUGGCCUACAAAAUGACUUAGACUUUCUCGCUACAUUACAAUUGAGAUCGAGCGAAGAGGACGAAAAACAGAAAGCUUUAAGAAGGGAAAUGAAAGAAAAAAAGCGAUUACAACAAUUGCAACAAAUUCAAGAAUUACAAAUGCAACAAGAUGCUCUACAACAUUGUGAAUUAAUGAUUAAAUUAAAAGAUGAUAAAAAAUUAAAAUCUGAGGAUAAAAAGAAAGACAUGCGUGAGAAGCGAAUGUCGAUUGAUCGUAAGAGCAGGGAAGAAAAAUAUGAUAACAGGCGCAAAAAUCGCAAAAAUUUGCAAACCAGUGAUAGUUCUGAUUCUGAUGAUGAACCUAAAAAACAUUCUAUUUUUGACAUAGUCGAUGAUGGCCCAACGUAUAUUUCUAUGUAUGAUAAGGUUAAAGCGCGUUCAUGUAAAAACAUGCAAAAGCAAGAGGAAGAAAAACGUCAAGAGAAGAUUAAAGCUAAAUUUAGCCAGCUGAAACAAAGUAGAGCCAAAAGAGAAGAAAAGAAAAGGUCAAGUUGGGAUGAAGAUAGUGACUCAGACCUGGAAAGAAAGAGACAUCACAAAUCCUCAAUUGAUAAUUCAACUGAUGAUGAUUCAACAUUUAGUAAAAAACAUACUAAACUUGACCUUUCAGACUUUAUUAAUGACAUACAGAAAACCGAAGAUUUUUCGGGCGAUUCAAUCUGUGAAUCACAUUUAUCGAAUAAAUUGUCUCGUAAAAACUCUAGAACUCGCAUCAUAUCUGAUUCCUCUGAUGAUGAUAAAUCUAACAGGAGUAUUAGUAAAAGUCCUAUUUUUCGUAACAAUGUUAAAAAGGAAUUUGUUUCAGACUCUGAUUCUCUGUCAACUUACAGAAAUGAUUUUGACGUACAUGAUCAGUUUGAUAAGGAAAAAAAGAACACAUUAUUAAAUCUUUUUGGAAAAAGCGAUAGCGAUGACAGUAAAAUUAAAAAUGUUUCUGAAGGUGAUAGCAAUUUUAAAUCCUCUGUUAUGAAAUCGCUUUGUAUUGACUUCUCUUCCGAAAAUGAAUCAAUAGAUCGACUUCCAAACAGAAAUUUCACCGAAAUCCGAAGAAAACAUAAGAAAAAGCAAAGAAAACACAAAAUCGAACACUCUGACGGUGAACCAAAGAACGAUAAGAAUGAUUCUGUAAUAAAUGAAAGAGAAGUUUCAGCAAGAUAUAACGAUAAAAUCCGCCGACAUAGUACUAAGAAAGAGAAACGAAGAGAAAAAACACGAGAAAGUAUUGAUAUUGACGAAUUUCACGACGAUAAACAAAAAACAAAGAAGGAAAAGAAAAUCUUAUCAUCUAAUUGCAAUUCCUUCGAAGGUAGUGUAGAAACAAUAAAUUUAAAAAAAGAGGGUAAAAUGGAGGAUAUAUUUGGUCCUCUAACAGAUGAAUCAGAUAAAGAAAUAAAUGUACACCAAGUUAGUAAAACUGAUUUCACUGCCCAAGAGUGUUCGACUUUUGGUAAGACUGAGGAAAAUGAUACUACGUUUAUAAAUACUGACUUGAAGAAUAGCGAAAAAGAUGAAAUAAAACGCCGAAGAGAUAAAAAGCGUAACAGGGAAAAACACAUAGUAAAGGAAGACGAAAAUAGCUUAGAUGUUGAUGCAGUUAGCAAAGCUAUAGAGGCUCGGCUGUUUGCGGAUUCUACAGCAGACGAAGAGAAUCGUGCAAAGCCUGAGAAGUAUCAUGGAAUUCAUAAUGAUAGUGUUGAUGAAACGACCUCCCCCUAUAAAGAUAUAUCAGAAAGACAUGAAAAAAAUAAAAGAGAUUACAGGGACAAGAAAAAGAAAAAAAAACGAUACAAGGAUGAACGAACAAGUCGUAGAGAUGUGUUCCUUUCUCAUGAAACUAAAAACGAUAAACUGGAGAAGUGUGAUGUUAUUGAAGUAGGUACUGCAGACUUACCAUCAAAAACUAAAACAAUAGAGGAGACAUUACCGACCGAAGUUUCUAGUAAUAAAUUUGAAAAUAAUUCACCGACAGAAUCACAGAGUCUACCUUUGUUAACUGAUAGCCCACCCAAUAUUUUAAAAGCAGAUAUCGGAGAGGCUAAAUCCAACAAUUCCAAUAUCGAUGACAACAAGACUGAAGUUAAAGAUUUAGAAGAAAUGGUAUGCGUCGGUGAAGUCAACACAGAGGUAACGGUCACAGAAGAAAACUUUAAGAAUACCGUUGAAGACAUUUCUUUAGUGCACGAACAGAAUGAAUCGAGUCCACCAGAUGCUAAGAAAGAUAUUUUUCAAACAACCUAUAAUUCUGACGCAAGUGACGCUGUGCGCAGCAUUUCAAAUUUAGAAAACGAAACAGAAAAGCCGUCUGAUAUCUGUACUGAUCUUAAUGAUCGCCUCUGUCAAAAGGUUGAUGAAAAGCCAAGAGCAAUAAUAUCUCAAGAGGAAACCGAAGACGCUGUGGCUGCUUUGUUAGGUGAAAGUUUUGGUGGAAAAGAAGAUUCUUUCACAGACUGUUAUGAAGCAACCGAAAACUUAACGAUACAAAAAAAUGAGAUCGGCCCUGAAAUUAUUGUCAGCGAAAGCAUCCCCGAAGAGGAUGCCGAAGAAAUGAGACAAGCAGUUCAGAAUUUGAAUGCAAGUGAAUUAGAAUCAAAGCCAGAUACCCCAGUUUCUGAUAACGAUUUAUUACUGAUUGAUACAGAUAAUGAAGAAGUUGAAGAUUCUACGCAAGACGCAAUAGAAAGACUGCCAGUCAAUAUCAUUGCCACAAGUCAAGCUUUGAAUGUCACAGUCGAGCAGUUGAAGCAGGACGAAGUAUCCAAGACCACAAUAACUAGCAAAAUUGAAUCAGUUAGCGAAAUAAAAAAUGAUCCCAAAAAAAGUGUAACUGUAAAGAUAAGUGAAUCUGAUUUAAAGGUACCAAUUCCUAAAAAGGAUUGCACUCAGGUAAUGACAUCUACAGCAACACCAGUUAUCACAUCUUGGGCCCUAAGUAAUAAUAAAUUGAUUGAGUCGCCGGUCAUUAACAUAAAAACCAAUCCUUUGAUUAAUAGAGAAAAAACUGAAAGCAAACCAACACAUAUUACAGCUAAUAUAGUGCAAAUUAAAGCUUCUUCAUCACAAAAUAUACAAGUGACUAAUUCUCUCAGACCUAUAAUUACUCCAGCUAGAAUUGGCGCACCGUAUCAAGUCAUAAAUCAAAUAAUCAGACCUCAAGUUUCAAAUAUACAGCCUCCUACCAUUAAAAUUCCGGAAUCUCAUAUACUGUAUCAAAAACCGCAAGGGAUAGUAAUAUCACCGAGAAUGUCAUGUGAUUCUCUUGUGCAAAAUACAAAAAAUAGUCAACAAGCUGAGAAUGCACCUACUCCACGGAUAGCCAACAUGGCAAUUUUAAGUACUACACCUACUUUGAAUUCUGCUGGUAUAACUACUACGUGUGCUUUACAGCAACGGUCACCUGGACAAGUAACUGUAGUAAGGAUGCAACAACCGCCGUUAAGUCCGAUACAGACCAUGCAUAUACAGCAUGGACCGCGAGCAAUUGUGUCGCCCAACAGACAUAAUUCUGUGUUAGUACAAGCUCCUGGACCUAAUAUGCCUUUUAAUAGGCAGACUACACCAAUACACGUUACACCGGUUUUGACUCCAAUUAAUAAGCAGGUCAAUGUAAACAAUUUGAUCCAACAUAACAAAGGCUUAGGAGCGAGUUCCCCACUGUUGAAUUCGAUUAAAACUAUGCCCGGAGAAUGCAAGAAACUCGAACAAAAUGCAACAGAAAGCAUAAAAGAAAGUCCAAAAAUAAUAUUAUCGCCUAAUAAUCUACAACAUAACUCAAACCCUACCAUAAUGGCGCAGAAUCGCUUAAUUUCAAUGCAAAAUUCUAUGCAUAUGGGAAAUUUAAAUACUACACUACAUUUAAACAACAAAGUUUUAAUUAAUACAAUUAGUCAACUACACGAAAAACGAGAAAAUCAAAGUGCAAGUCCGGAACAACUCGGUCAUAUAUCAUUUGGGGGCACGCCCAUAAUUCACGUUGCGGGUGUUAGUCAUUCAACAGCGUCUAUUAUUCAAAGUAAUGUAAAACCUGUGAUGUGUAGUAUUCAAGACUCCAGCGCAAUGAAUCGUGGGCCAGGGUCAAACGUCAUACAUGCAGUGAGUUCUCAAAGAUUAAUGACACCUCUGCCUUUGAGUAACGUUAGACAACUAGAAGCAAACAAAGGGCCAUCAGUCUUGUCUAUGGCUUCCGUUAAAUCUCCUACAGUUCUAACUAAAGUUGAUUCAUCAUCAUCAUCAAAUACUUUUACCAAGAUUUCACCCAUCUUAAUAAAGGCAACUUCGCCAGAGUCUUUACAUUCAGAAAUAAAAAUAGAAAAUAAUGAUGACAUUUCUAAACCAAGUGAUAACAAAAAAAGUAAUGAAAACAAAAUAGAACAAUCAGAAUUAUUACAAAAUGAUUGCUUUGCCAAAGCUAUCAAUGAAGUAGUUGGUAUUACUGAAAGCAAAUGUGGGACUGAUUUUGAAGAAUUGUUGAAAGAUAACACUAAUGAAAUCAAAGUCAUGAAUGAUCCAGAAAAAAAACUUGAAAUUAAUGUUGGGAAGACGAUUACUGUUCUUUCGACAAGCUUAAGUAGUGCGGACAAAUUGAGGACCGAGAACAACGAAAAUGUGGAUUUGACACUAAAUUGUGCAGAGAAUAAUGAAGAAAAAUCGACAGUUGAAUAUUCACUGCAAAAACUUAUCAAAGACAAAAUAGUGCCAGAUGUUGAUAAUGUUUUUUCUCCUCGUAAUGAAACUAAUCCUACACAAUUUGUACCCGAGGAAACAGACAAUACCGAACGUGAGUGUAAAUCAGAUAUUUCAAGCUUCCAAAAUAUUAACACUAAUAAAGACAUGAAAUCCGAAAAAAAUGAGAGUCAUGCUUUUCAAACCCAAGAACUGCCUGGUAUAGAAGAUGACAAUGAAAUUAAAACUCCUGAUGAAAUUGAUUCCUGGAGUGCUAAAGACGUCAACAUAGAGUCCGUAAUUAAGAAGGUCGACUCAUUGUGCAAAGAAAAUAAUGAAAAUGAAGUGAAAGUUGAUACUUUGAUAAAAAAUGAAAAUACUGUUCAAUGUGACGGAAAGGCUGAAUUAGAAGAAAAUCUAUCGGAUUCGUCAUUCCAAAAGAUGACAACAGAGACUACAAAUAAGCUGACCUUAUCUGAAAACUCUCACGAAUCACUCGUAGAUAAGAGCCCUUCAAGCAACAGAAGAGGAGGGAGGAGCCUCAGAGGUAAGAGAUCAGAUAAAAAGCAAGACCGAGUUCAAAACCGAAAUAUUACAAAACCAAUGAGAGGAGUGACCACAAAACGAGGGCGCGGCAGGGGGAAAGUUGAUAAAAAUAUAAAGGAUUUAGUGAAGAAUAGUACUUGUUCUAUGCCGGGCGAUGUAUAUGAUUUCCAUGAGGAUUCAGGUGAUGAGUCAACGACUGCACCUGCUAAAGUAGAAAGUAGACCUAGAUUGAUUUUAACAAUUAAAAGUCCUUUAUCCGGUCAUUGUAAUAUGAUAGCCACGUCUACAUUAAGCAUUUCUCAGAAAGAUCAAUCUAAAUGUGCGGAAAAAACAAACAAAGAAGAAAAACUUGAAGAUUUUAUAUCACCAUCGCUUAAUACGCGUAAAUCUAGAAGACUCCAAGAGAAGGACGUUCAACGAGGGACUACAGAUGAUAUUGAUGACAUCUUAAAAACCGACAACAUUCAAACUAAAAACAGUAAAAAACGAUCAACGAGGCAAAACGCCGUGAAAGUGAAUUUAGAUAAAAAUAGCAAUUCGGACGUCAGGAAAUCCCCGCGUGGAACAAAGCGAGUGAGGGACAGAAGUUUAUCGGACGCGUCAAUCGAAAGUGGUGAUGAAAAGCAUAAUAGGAAAGAAGAUCAUUCAUCUGAUGCGAAGAUACCGCGUUCACAAGGCAUUAACUCUGCAGACGAGGUUGUUCAACGUCAAAUUUUAAAUUUGGAACAAAACACUGCAAUUCCGUCAACUGUCGGCUGUUCUGUGUCUACGCCGAAAUUGGCGCUCGCCACCGUCACAACCGUACCGCCAACCACUCUACCGGUGAUCUCUGCAGCUGCACCAAAGUCCGGAUCGAAUGUCGCUACAGUUCAUCCAACGGUUCCAACACCAAUCACCAAACCUCCCAAAAAAAUGAUAUCGGAGAGGAGCGCAAAGCUCGCGAUUGUCUUUGAAACCCAACAAGAAACGGAACGGGGCGGUGAAGUACAAGGAGCGCGCGUGCCGGCAGUGCUGGUGCCCAUUGGCGGAACGGAGGCCACGGGCGAGGUGCGUGUGCAGUCGCCGGCCCUCCCGCAUCGCGGUCCCGAUCCACCCGCACCCGCCCCCUUACGUCCUGCCGACCGCGCCACGCCAGUUCUUAUCAGCAGUACACACAGAAGCAGCGAGAGCGGGCACCGUGCGUACAUGCCGACGGCCACCGCUAGUCUGCCGCGCGGCGCGCACCAUCCGCCUCCCGACCCGCCGCUGCUGCACAAGCAGCUCGCCGUUGUUAACCCACACCAUCACACCGGUGCGGGCUCAAGAGUCACAAUUACAAGUGUUCCUUCAAUCAGUCCUCAGGGUCAGAUAGGAAUGGGCGAAUCAAUGUAUCCACACUACUCUCAUCAACAUUACCAAAUGUAUCAACAGCAUUUUCGUGCAACUCAACACGAAAAUCGCGCAUCACCUUCUCCCUUUACACGCACGCUAGAGACCGAGGGCUGUGAGACGCCGACCCCGCCGCUAGAGUUGCGCCGGCCGCGCGCGCCCCGCCCCGCGCACUCGCCUGCGCCCGCCGAUAGGCUCAUCAUAUACGGAGGCGCGCGGUCCCCGCCCCCCGCGCACGGCCGCCCCCUCGCCGCCCCGCCGGGCCCGCCGCACGCCAGCCAGGUGCCGCGGGAGGCUGACUCCUUGCAGAUGCUCCUUAGGAGAUACCCGGUGAUGUGGCAAGGUCUGUUGGCUCUGAAGAACGACUCUGCGGCCGUACAGAUGCACUUCGUGGGCGGUAACCCUGGCGUGGCGGGCGACACGCUGUCUCGGCACCACGAGCAGGCCACGCCGCUGCUCCGUAUCGCUCAGCGCAUGCGCCUCGAGCCCGCGCAGCUGGACCAGGUCCACCGCAAGAUGAAGAUGGAAAACGAACAUUGUAUGUUGCUCGCAUUACCAUGCGGACGAGAUCAUAUGGACGUCUUGCAGCAGUCUAACAACCUUACUGCUGGUUUUAUAACGUACUUGCAACGUAAACAAGCCGCUGGAAUUGUUAAUAUCGCUCCACCUGGCCAUCAUCAGGCAAUGUUUACCGUUCACAUAUUUCCUUCAUGCGAUUUCGCAAACGAAAACCUGAAUCGCAUAGCGCCCGACUUGAUGCAUCGUGUCGCCGACAUUGCGCAUUUGUUAAUUGUCAUCGCAACUGUGUGAACGCGGAAACGGAAAAGUAAUACUGAAACUAUGGAUUGAAAAGGACCACACAUAGACUAAAGGUCUAUCGAACCCUGUUUAUGAAAUGUGAUAAUACUAAAAGUAUGAUAAAUUACAAAGGACGUUUUGCACGCUGACGCCUGGCUACACUACUUAUGGUCGUUCGGAACAUAAUUAAGAUCGUUGUAAAUAUAACAAGGUUGUGAAACUUUUGUACUGUUGUUUUAAGAUUAGAAUUCGAUCGACCUGUUAGAGUUAUGACUGAACUUUUAAAUGCGAAAAUUACACAUUUUAAUAAUUCAAAAUGAAAAUCCUAAAUAGUCAUUAUUCGGUUCGGUAUUCGGUAAUGAAACUAUUUAGGGAUCUCGACCUUUAUAACAUCUUGCUUACCGUCAUUUAAUGUUGACACAGUGUAAAUACGUCAUAGUUUAUAUCAUUGAAAAUAUUUUUGUUAUCGUCGACUGGGAUCGAUGCCAAUUGAAGUUAAUAACCGCAAAGUCACUUCAUAAAAUCUAAUUUUGCGUUUCUGAGGGAAUGGCGGUAUAUCGAGCAUUUUUAACUGUUAGUGUAAAUUGUUGUUUUGUUUUAAGCUAUAUUAGAUCUAAAGAAAUAAACGUGUAAAUAUUGAAUCUAUUCUUAUUAAAUUAACUUUAAGAUGUUACAGUAGAUAAAAUUAAUCGAGGAAAACUGGGUCGAAUGUUUACUGUAUCAUGUAAAUAACUACAUACUUUAAUUAUUCUUAAUGGUAAGGAAAAAAUACACGUGGAAAAUAAACUGUGAUUCUGACUCUUAAAUAUUAACUUAGGUAGCAUUUGGGGGCAUAUAAGAGCAGUGUGUAUCUAUUACGAACGUUAUUGAUCUAGCGGCCAUGUCUUUACGGAAAUAAAUACCAUACUAUCAAAGUAUAAAUUUCACUAAUAUGUUCCAUAAAAAGAAGAAAUCAUCCGAGAAUUUUUAUAUAUCUAAAUAAUAAAAGAACAAAAAAAGCUAAUUAAUCGAGGUUACUUUACUGUGUAAAUAAAAAGAAAAAUGUUGCUGAUGAUGGCCAUUUAUUGAAAUAAUACAAAGCCUUUUUCGUUCACAAAUUAUUUAACUUAAAUUAUUUCACUAAAAUAAUCUAACUUCAUUCGGACAUGCAGUAAUAUUAAGAAAAUAAUUUUUAAAUCAAGUAAUGAAUAAUCUUUAGGUUUUUACGAUAUAAAGAGUUGUUUAAUUCAAAGAGAAUAUUAUCACUUUCAGUGGUGUUAUAUAGGCUGGCCGCUACUUCUGUAACGCGUGCACCAUUAUCAUUUUCUAUUCCAGUUACGUUUGACUUAGUUGCCAGUAAUAUACGAGCAUUUGUAAUUAUCAUAUUAUUAUGGUACAGAGAGCAAUAAUGAUAAAAGAUCAUUUAGGAGAUAAAGAUUUUUGUACUUAUGACAUUGAUAGAUUCCAUUACUUUUCAUGUGGGUAAUAAUUAAUAAUAAUUUGUCGCUAACAUCUCAAUACUACAACAAUAAAAUUACAGUGCGACUUUGCUAUCGUAAAUUUAAAGUACAAAAUAUUUUAUGUAAAGUAAUAAAUAGUCUACGUAUUAAAGAUAAUAGUGCAGAACGUAAUUAUUGUUUUAAAAAAAAUGUAUAGGGUAAAAAAUAUGAAGUCGUGUCAUGUUUCCGUCGCAAAUACUUUGAUGUCGCUAGAAGAAAUAUUAACGAACUCUCAACUUCGUCCAUUAAUUUUAAAUUACAUACGUUACAAUUUUAAUACUGAACUAGAGCCCAUUGAAAAGGGAUGGUAAGUCCUUAUGAAGGAAUUUUCUGUAAAUAUUGCAUAAGUAUCCGUAAUUUUUAAAUAACAUAAAUUUAUGUAAUUAAAGAAUAAAACAUACGAGUGUAAAGAGAUUAACUAGCUACUAUAUCAUAUGUAUUUUAAUUACUGUUACUUCUAAAUAGAAAAAAUACCAUUACUAAAUACUCUUUUCGAAUUCCUUGUAAAACGACCUACAUUAUUAACCUGAGAAAGUGGCAAGUAAUCUUAAUAAAGUUAUUGCUAAGUCUAAAAUAACUAAAAAAGCUAUUAGACCUCUUUAUUGAACAUUUUUUAAUAAACAGAUAUUGUGCAGUUGCACAUAUAUUGUUCAUAAAAAUUCUCGAAACAUAAUUUAAACUGUCUUAAUUUAACUAAGGUUUCAUUUAUUUAUUAUGAAUUCCAAGAUUUAGCAGAUUCAAAACAAAGUAGAAAAAAAAUUUCAAGCCAUCGCCAGUACUGCAUACUAGCUUUUAAAUAUCAAACUAGAAACGUAAAUUAAGAGAGUAAAAAUUAUAAGAUUAUAAAAAUUACAAUCUGCUUGAUCACGCAGCCUGCAGAUGAGGAAAUGUCAAUUAUGAGUAGAACUUCAAACUUAUUGCUUUCUGUAUUUGUAAUUCCAAAUUAAUUCCCUUCGACGAUAAAAUAGAAAGUAAGUGAUAGCAUAGUUUUGUAUUGUUUGUGUUUGUACAUAUCUUUCAUUUCGGGAUGUCUUCAAAAAGGGCUCAUUGAGGACAUUGCGAAAUCAGAGUAUUUUUUCUGAUCCUAUCUCAUUCUAUUCCCAAAUACGAAGUUAUUACGUGAGAAUGGAAUGACGUAAGUCUUACUCGGUACGUCUUCGGCCGCGGCUGUUGCAAGAGUGAGAGAUGAUGAUAGUAUAAAAUAUUUUGUAAAAAAAAACAUUUGAUCUCAAGUGUGCAGCAAAUGUGGAGCGAGAGUUGAUCUUGUUGCGCAACAGCCGCUUCCGGAUUUGUACUGCGGUCUAUGUCGGUUUUGUCUGGACAUCGUAUUUAUAGAAAAAAAAUGUGAUCAUAAUUAUAUUUAUAGAUUUUAUUACUAGAAAGUAUCUGUAAGCCAAUGUAUAUUUUGUAAAUAUGAAGAUAGUAUUGUAACGAAACUUCCCUUACCCGAACAACCCAGAUUCCUGUGUAUGUAAACUCCUACCAAUACUAUUAAAAAAAAUACUACA